CUCACCUCCACACGACAAUGUAUACAGCUUAGAUACCAACCAACAGCUUCAACUCUGACCUUCCGUACCUCAACCUCCUAUACUAAACACACAUAUAUAUACACAAGAUGAAUACCAUCGACGCAACAGAACACUACGAAACCAGCGCCCACGACCGUCCCCCCUCCCUCCUAACCAUCAUCCUCGACACAAACCCCCACGCCUGGGCACUCCUAUCCCCAACCCUCCCCCUCUCCACCGCCAUCGCCAACAUCCUCGUCUUCAUCAAUGCCCACCUAGCCAGCAACUACGCCAACGAAGUGGCCGUAGUAUCCUCCCACACCUCGCAAGCAACAUGGCUAUACCCAGUCGAAAAAUCCCCCAACAACAACAACAAUAACAACCUCGACUCCGACGGCGACAUCCCCAUGCCCACCCAACAACCACAAACCCCCUCCAACACAACCAACAUAAACAAAUACCGACCCUUCCGCAUCGUCGAAGAACAAGUCUCCAGCCACCUACACAACCUAAUGACCCAAACAACCCCCUCAACCCUCCAAUCCACCACCUCCACCAUGAUGGCCGGCGCAUUAACCCUCGCACUAAGCCACAUCAACCGGCGCACACUAGCAUGGAAUGAAGCGCACGGAGGGGACAUCGACACCUCCAACCCCAACGACCCAUCCUCUACCACAUCCACAUCAUCCUCAUCAAAUACAAAGGGAACUGCCGAAUCAACCCUCCAAUCACGCAUCCUCAUCCUCUCCGUAUCCAGCUCCACCGGCUCAGCGCAUCAAUACAUCCCAAUUAUGAACGCCAUAUUCGCAUGCCAGAGACUUCAUAUCCCGAUUGAUGUGUGCAAGGUAUCCGGUGAUGCGGUGUUCCUGCAGCAGGCGUCGGACGCGACCAAGGGGGUGUAUAUGGCGUUGGAUGAGCCCAAGGGUUUAUUGCAGUACUUGAUGAUGGCGUUUUUGCCGGAUCAGAGGAGUAGACGGCAUUUGGUGCUGCCGACGAGGGUGGAUGUGGAUUUUAGGGCCGCGUGUUUUUGUCAUAGGCGGGUCGUGGAUGUUGGGUUUGUGUGUUCCAUUUGUUUGAGUAUUUUUUGUGAGCCGUUGGGAGAUGGGGUUUGUUUGACGUGUGGGAGUCGGUUGGAUGUUAGUGAUUAUGGGGCGAAGCCGGCUGUGGUGGCGAGGAAGAAGAAGAAGAAGAAGGUCAAGGGGAAUGGAGUGUCUGCGGCAGGGACGCCGACGCCUACGCCGACACCGGGGCCGUGAGGGUCUUUGUGGGCGUGGGGUUGUCUACGUGAAGAGGAAGUUGUCUACGUACUGGCUACAGGAUGGGCUGGAAGAGGAUUGCCAAUGAAUACUGUUCAUUCGGUAUCGUCGGCUCGAAUUAGCAAAUAGUUACUCGCCCCUGCAUCCAUACCCAGGACCCAUGCGGCAUCGCUUCAAUCUGGAUGUACGCUGACACUUGACAACCAAACGGACGGGGCGUGGCCGGCACUGCCUUCGAUCAUUCUGUCGGCGAACGUCAUCGACCCGGAAACAAGCGCUGAAAUGCUCACGGAUGCCAGAUGCACAUAGUACGGAAGACGCGGACAGGCUCUAUUUCGC